AUGGCAGUCAACCAGGGUAUUCAAAAUUUGGCGACUCUUGUGGGCAACAAUCAGGCUCAGAGACAAGAUUUGACAAAUCCUAUCGUGCUAGUAUCUGGCUUUUCAGGCUGGGGGGAGGCUAUAUUCGGAACUAUCAACUACUGGGGUGGUUUCGGAGAUAUCCCUACCGCGCUUCUGCAUGCAGGAUACACAGUCAUCGUCGUCAGGAUUGGUCCGCUCUCCAGUAACUGGGAACGAGCAUGUGAGGUAUACAGACAGCUUAGUUCUGGGUAUGUCGGUGAAGUCAUGUGGCGAGAAAUCGACUAUAAUCGUACAAGGACGCUGACAGUUGAUACAGAGCAUUUGAUACCCCUACUACCUUUCCGGCAACUUCAACACCAAUCGACUACGGCCCGAUAUAUCCCGCCCAAUAUGGAUAUAAUAGGAAUGGCACCACCAAGCGAGCAAUGCUGUAUGGAGCUCUCCCCGGCGGUUGGACUUGGGGCACUGGGAAUCCUGUUCACUUUUUGUGUCAUUCCCAGGGCGGGAAUACUAUUCGAAUGCUCAUCGAACUCAUGA